CUCCAGCUCCCAUCGAAAGACCUCCGGUCCAUUGACCGUUUUUGCGUUCCAGCAUCGUAUUAUUUCGGGAGAAGAGUGUCAAUCUCAAAACGCAAGCUAGUGUCGGGCGCGAUCUGCCGACCUACGUACAUACCUGUAGUAUGGACUCGAAGCGCAAAGCAAACGGGGCUGCCAGCCCAGACUACGAUGAUCGCGCUGCGAAGCGUCGCAAAGUAGCUGAAUCAUACGACCUCUCAAAGGGCGAGACCCGAGAGUCUACAACGGCCUAUGGCCUGAGCCUCCUCGACCAAAUCCGUCGCACAUCAGACAAGAGCGGGCGACGUGUAGCAGGCUACUUCGAAACUCUGCCACCUCGCCAAGGCAACGAGGAAUACUACGCGCGCACGCGCAUGCCCAUUUCCUUCGAGACAAUUGAAGAGAAACUGCAAGAUGGCGACUUUCAGAAUCUGUCCGAGCUCGAGAGCUACCUCAAGCGCAUGAUCACCAAUGCCAAGGAGUGGUUUCACAAGUCCUCUUCGGAAUUUGACGACGCAGAGCGUGUUCGCAAGGCGGUCAGCAACUACAUGACAAGGAACAAUCCCGCGUAUCAGAAUAGGAACUAUCAGGCGGUGGCAACGCCUCUGCCUGCAGAUGGCGCAGUGUCGACAACUCCUCUCAAAAACGAGCCGGCAGUAGCGGACACGGAAGGAGCUGCGGAUGAUGUCGAAGACGACGCGGACGAUGGCGAGGAGAACGGCACAGGUUCGAAGCGAAGGUCUAUAAUCCUCAAACGGCGCGUGACCGCCCGUUCGAGUAGAAGCUCCAUCUCAACACCGCAACAAGAAACACCUCGAAAAUUACCACCUGCGAAACCCGAUCACCAGUACGAAGACGUGCCAUACAAGGGACUGAACUUCCAACAAGCACAAGAGAAGAUCGUCGAGGAGGGUCUGCGCCACAGCACCGAAGAUUACGACGGCCCCUAUUUUGAGCCGUUCAUCAACUUGCCCCCGCGGUCCCUCAAGGAUUAUUACUCGAUGAUCAAGGAGCCCAUGUGCCUCAAAAAGCUCCAAAAGCUCGUCAGGGGUGUUCAAGGCCGAAAUGACGUGACAGGCGUGACCGAACUCAAGAGCUGGGCGCAGUUUGAGGAAAAAGCCAAGCUGCUGUGGACAAAUGCAUACUACUACAACGAGGACGGCAGCGAUAUCUUUGUGCUCGCGCAAGAGCUCGAAACGUUUCUGAAAAAAGAAAUCAAAGAGGCCAAGGCCAAUGCCCCGGAACCCGCGCAGCCCAAGAUCAAGCUCAAGGUUGGGAAUCAGCAGCCGGAGCCGCCAUCCAACAGGAAGAUUACGCUGAACGUAGGCAACAGCCGAGGCGUCUCGACCGACUCACCUGUGCCUAACGCGACCGCUUCUCCAGCUCCUGUGCCGGAAGUCAACGGCACAGGACAAGCACAACCAUCAGUGGCAGCACCUGAGAAGGCUCGAAGUGUCUCAGUGGCGGCGGCUCCUUCGCCCAGUCCAUCCGUGCCCCCGACUUUCAAAGGCGAAGAACCGCGCAUGUCACCGUCCGUCCGCCCUCCCAGUGCGACGCCAGCGUACGCGACACCAGGGCCACCCAGGCCAGGGCCGCACCCACAAGUGCCUGCCCAGCCUCAGUUCCAACCCUUGCCAGCUCCACCCAUGGAGCAGAAGCGGUUGAGACUUCCAGGAAAGGGUCAAGCCGAUGCGCUGAUCUCUCAGAUGCGUCUGCUUUUUCACCGAAGCAGUGGCGGCGAACCAACAGCGACCACAGUCAUGCCAGACCGCAAGGAGAUGCAGCAGUCUGCUACAGUCAACCUACCAGCUGACAGCAACCGCAUGACCAUGACAAUUACGCUUCCAGCGCUCCUCCAAGAACGCCAUUAUAGCCUUUGGGCCAUGUUUGAUCGUCAUAACCUCAAGUGCUCGACACCUUACGAUCCGCAGCAAGCUUAUGGUGAUCGCGUUUUUGAGGCCAUGCUACAUCAAGGCCUGAAUGUGAUCGAGGUGCAUCUCAUCGCCGCGAUUCCAAAGCAUGAGCGCAUUCCCGGGGGUCCGGACACCGAAUUGGAGAUUUUCACAGUGUACGCGAAUGUGAUGCGGAAUUAGGAAUCCCAGGCAGGCGAGGCAUCAUUGUUUCAAGUCGAACAGGCGGGCCAAACUGUAAAGUCCCAACGCGACCGGCGUCAGACGCGACACGGGACUGAUGAUACCAGAUCAGAGGCGCCUCCAUUUCCGCCAAUGCAGAAACAUGAUCAGUGUCAGAUGCUGCACUCGGUGCCAAUGGUCACUUCGGCAACGUCCCCUUGCGUACUGACUAGCACACCGGCAAGGCCUGGGAACCCAUC